AUGCGGCCCAAGAGGAAUGACGAGAUUAUCGAGAUCUCUGACGAGGCCAUGGCCGAGUCCAUGGCCGACACGACCGCUGCCCCUGUCGAUGCCGCACGGGGCGGGGGAGGCAGCCUGGCGGUUGCUGAAGGGUCCGGAAAGACCUUUGGUGAGCGCCUCGACGAGGCUCGCAUCCUGAGCCUCCUUCCUGGUGCUGCGCUCGUCGUCUACCUGGGGCUGUACUUCGCGCGCAGCGGUUUCAACCUCACCCUCGAUGUCGUCAACUGGACAUUCCUUGCCCUCGGUCUGCUGCUCGCGCGGUCGCUGGGACACUACGUCAAGCUCGUGGGCCAGGCGAGCCGAACGGUCGGCGAGAUCGUUCUCCAGUACCCCUUCUACGCGGGCAUGGCCGGCAUGAUGGCCGGGACCGGCCUGGUCUCGGUGAUCAGUGGCUGGUUCAUCGACUUCGCGAACGCGAACACGCUCAGUUUCCUAGGCUUCGUCUCUGCCGGACUGGUCAACAUCUUCAUCCCCUCCGGCGGUGGCCAGUGGGUCGUCCAAGGCCCUGUCUUCAUCGAUGCCGCGCAGAGCCUGGGUGUUGCCCCGUCGAGGGUGGUUAUGGGCGUCGCCUAUGGCGAGUGGAGCAACAUGAUCCAGCCCUUCUGGACCAUCCCGUUGCUCGCGAUCGCGGGUCUCAAGGUCCGCCAGGUAAUGGGCUACACGUUCGUCGUGUUCGUGGUGUUCUUCUUCGUCUACAGCGCCGGGCUAUUGCUUGCCGGCUCCGGAGCCUGA